AUGAAGGGGCUCAAGAAGGCCAUGAACCUGUCCCGUACCAAAUCCGAAAAGUCCAAAUCACCCAACCCGCCCGCCCACAAACCCCAACCAGGCGGAUCAAACCCCCCCUCCCCCUCCGUCAACUCGCCCAACAGGCCAGCCGCUGACCAGGGUAAUGGCCAGUCCCAAGGCGCCUCAAGCAGCCAAGGUCUCCAGGGCGGCGCGCCCAUUACCCCCCGUCGAUCGCCCGUCUCUGACAAGACGUCGCCUGCCCCGCCGCUCGUCGUCAUUUCAGGCGCGCCCCAGCAGCCCCCUGUCAACAGCGAGAUGCCGCCCGACCCCAUCCCCCACAGCCCUCACGGCAGGUAUGGCUCGCCAGAGAGGAAUCUGGGCCCUGACGGACAGCCGACGCCCCCCAAGGCUGGGCCCCUGAACAGACUGAGAGGUCCCAAGGACACUAUUCCUGUCGUUGGCAAGACCCCGAGGAAGCAGAGGAGCAGCAGAUUCUACGUCACGGAAAAGGUCGAGAUUGAAAAGCUGCCUGGAUUCAAUGAGGUUCGACCAGAGCAGAGGAAUGAGCUUUUCGUUCAAAAGCUCCAGCAGUGCCGUGUGCUGUUUGACUUUAACGAUGCGAGUAGUGAACUCGAGGGCAAGCAGAUCAAGUCUCAGACUCUGCACGAAAUGCUCGAGUAUAUCACUACUCAACGCGGUGUCAUCACAGAGGCCAUCUACCCCGAGGUCGUCAACAUGUUUGCGACCAACCUCUUCCGGUCCAUCCCUCCUCAAGUCAAUCCCACCGGCGACGCCUUUGACCCCGAAGAAGACGAGCCCGUGCUCGAGCUCGCUUGGCCUCAUCUCCAAAUCGUCUACGAGUUCUUCCUCCGAUUCGUCGAGUCUCCCGACUUCAACACCAACAUCGGCAAGCGCUACAUUGACCAGUCUUUCGUCCUCCAGCUGUUGGAGCUCUUUGACAGCGAAGACCCCCGCGAGCGCGACUUUUUAAAGACGACUCUGCACCGAAUCUACGGCAAGUUUUUAAACCUCCGUGCCUUUAUCAGACGUUCCAUCAGCCACGUCUUUUUCCAAUUCGUGUACGAGACGGAGAGGCAUAACGGUAUCGCCGAGCUUCUCGAGAUCCUCGGCUCCAUCAUCAACGGUUUCGCCCUUCCAUUGAAGGAAGAGCACAAGACGUUCCUCACCCGUGCCCUCAUACCUCUGCACAAGGCCAAGUCUCUUGCCCUGUACCACCCCCAGCUCGCCUACUGUGUCGUCCAAUUCCUCGAAAAGGACCCCAGUCUGACAGAGGAGGUCGUGCUCGGCUUGCUGAGGUACUGGCCCAAGGUCAAUUCACCAAAGGAGGUCAUGUUUUUGAACGAGGUGGAAGAGAUUUUGGAUGUGAUUGAGCACAGCGAGUUUAUCAAGAUUAUGCAGCCGCUGUUUGUGCAGCUGGCGAGGUGUAUCAAUAGCUCCCAUUUCCAGGCAAGUCGUCUCCCCAGUGUUGCGGAACGAGCACUCUAUUACUGGAAUAACGAGUACAUUGUCAACCUGAUGGGCGAACACAUCAGUAUCGUCCUUCCAAUCGUUUUCCCCGCGCUCUACCAAAAUUCCAAGUCGCACUGGAAUAGGACGAUUCACGGCAUGGUGUACAAUGCUCUGAAAUUGUUUAUGGAUAUGAACCAGGAGGUGUUUGAAGAGUGUCAGAACAACUACCGGGCACAGCGCAAGGCCGAAUCCGACAAGGCCCUGGAGCGCUACGACGAAUGGAUCAAACUCCGCUCCCAAGCCACCACCAACUGGCACCAGACCCACCCCAACGCGCCCUUACCCGCCUCACUAACAGAACCUCCUCCCGAGCGCCCCGAGCCGUACGAGGAAGAACCGAUCAUGGACGUGUCGGUGGAUAUGACGGCGAAUGGGUUUGAUCCCAGCGAGAGCUUUACGUUGGAUAGGAGUAUGGCGGAGGAGCAUGUGCCCCUUGCUGAUCCCGGAGUCGACCGGGCGCCUAUGAGUCCGGCGUCACCGACACAAGCUGGCCCUGGUCAUCCCCAACAAGGAGGACCUGCGGAUGGGACACCGCCCCAUAUGAGAAGAAAGUCUGUGCUGCCGAUGGAUGCGGGUGUCAUGCGAGAUCUCCAGGUAAGCAAGGACCGCCCUGUUGGAUAA